GAAAAGCAAAGCGCUGUUGGUAUUAAAUUGAGUUAUUUAUGUGGAAUCUAAUUCACCUACGUGCUGCAUCUAAUAAAUAACAUAGGAAAAUGUAAAAGAAAAGAAAAAAAAAAUACCACACUCGUCGCCACCGCCGAGCAAGCCGAUAAUCAAGUGGCCAUUGAUCGGGGCUAUGACGCUCUGGAACAGCCAUCCUUGCGAAAGCCGAUAAACCUGGAUAUUUUAUCGUUGGCAGCCAGAAACCCACGAAAUUCUCGAUUAUGAGUCCAAUUCCUCGUUCACUCUCACUUUGCUAUUGUAACUACCAAAUAAACCAUAAACCAUUUGCAAUUGACUUUCUAUUCAUAUAAUUACUUUGCAGCUUGUAGCUCACAGCCGUAGGACCCGCCGAAAGCUUAAAAAGUAACAGUGACGACAGUCAUUCCUCUACUUUCGCUACCCAGCUGAGGACAAGAGCAAAACCUCCCGUCAAAUGGCGCUCAAGCAAGGACUUGACAAUGCCGUUGCGGCCGCAGUGGCCAGUGAGACGGCUCCAGAUGGUACAGGAGUUAUCAAGCUAGAUCCAUGGCUAGAGCCGUUCAAGGAUGCGCUACGGAGUAGAUUCAGCCAUACGAACCAGUGGAUACGGACUAUCAAUGAGACGGAGGGCGGGUUGGAAGUCUUCAGUCGGGGUUACGAGAAAUUCGGCUUCAAUGUCAAGGAAAAUGGAGAUAUUGUUUACCGGGAAUGGGCGCCCAAUGUCGUGGAUGCGCAUCUCAUUGGCGAUUUCAACAACUGGGAUCGCAAGGCGACACCGAUGAAAAGGAAUGACUUUGGGGUUUGGGAGGUUACAGUACCCGCAAAGGAUGGGGUCCCGACCAUUCCACAUAGCAGCAAGGUUAAGAUAACCAUGACUACUCCAUCCGGCGAACAAAUCGACCGUUUCCCAACCUGGAUCAAGCGCGUCACGCAAAACCUCUCCCUCUCCCCUGAAUUCCACGCCGUAUUCUGGAACCCACCAGUGCAGGACCGUUAUACUUUCGAACACCCGCGCCCGCCUAAACCCGUCAGCCUCCGCAUCUACGAAGCCCACGUCGGCAUCUCCUCCCCGGAGACCCGCGUGGCUACCUACAAAGAGUUCACAAAGAACAUGCUCCCGCGCAUCCACGGUUUAGGGUACAAUGCCAUCCAACUCAUGGCCAUCAUGGAGCAUGCAUACUACGCCAGCUUCGGGUAUCAGGUCAACAACUUCUUCGCCGCCAGUAGCCGCUACGGAACGCCGGAGGAGCUGAAAGAGCUCAUUGACACGGCGCAUGGAUUAGGACUGGUGGUGUUGUUGGAUGUGGUGCAUAGCCAUGCGUCGAAGAAUGUGUUGGACGGGCUGAAUAUGUUUGACGGGACGGAUGGUUUGUAUUUCCAUGCGGGCCCCAAGGGGCAUCAUGAGUUGUGGGAUAGUCGGUUGUUUAAUUAUGGGAAUCAUGAGGUGUUGAGGUUUUUGUUGAGUAAUUUGCGGUUCUGGAUGGAGGAGUAUUGCUUUGACGGAUUUCGGUUUGAUGGGGUUACGAGUAUGAUGUAUACGCAUCAUGGAAUUGGGACCGGAUUCUCCGGUGGCUAUCACGAAUAUUUCGGCCCCAGCGUCGAUGAAGAUGGCAUCACCUACCUUAUGCUCGCCAAUGAAAUGCUCCACCAGAUCUACCCGAACUGCAUCACAGUCGCAGAGGACGUUUCUGGAAUGCCAGCGCUCUGUCUACCACUUACCCUUGGCGGGGCAGGCUUUGAUUAUCGUCUCGCCAUGGCAAUUCCGGAUAUGUAUAUUAAGCUCCUCAAGGAGCAACAGGACGAGGAAUGGAACAUGGGCCAUAUUGCCUUCACCCUCACCAAUCGACGCCAUGGUGAGAAGACGAUCGCUUACGCCGAGAGCCAUGACCAAGCUCUCGUCGGCGACAAAUCGCUCAUGAUGUGGCUCUGCGACAAAGAACUCUACACCAACAUGUCCAUUCUAACGGAACUAACCCCCGUCAUCGCGCGCGGGCUCAGCCUGCACAAGAUGAUUCGGCUGCUAACGCACGGCCUCGGGGGCGAAGGAUACCUGAACUUCGAGGGGAACGAAUUCGGACACCCGGAAUGGCUCGAUUUCCCCCGCGCCGGCAACGAUAACAGCUACUGGUACGCGCGCCGGCAGCUAAAUCUCACGGAGGACCCGCUGCUGCGCUACAAGUUCCUGAACGACUUCGACCGGGCGAUGCAGGUUGCUGAAGAGAAAUAUGGCUGGCUGCACGCGACGCAGGGAUAUGUGAGCCAGAAGCAUGAGGAGAAUAAGGUGAUUGUGUUUGAGCGCGCGGGGCUCGUGUGGGUGUUUAAUUUCCAUGCGACGAAGAGCUGGGCGGACUAUAAGGUUGGGGUGGGGAGGAAAGGGGGAACGUAUAGGAUUGUGCUGGAUACGGAUGCGGAGAAGUUUGGGGGGUUUGGAAGGGUUGAGGCGGGGACGAGGUUUUUUACUAGGGGGGAAGGGUGGGAUGGGAGGGAGGAUAGUUUGAUGGUUUAUGUGCCGACGAGGACGGCAUUGGUUCUCGCGCUCGAGGAGGAUACCUAGAAUGGAGCAGUUAUGUGCGUAUGAAGUAAUAAAGUUAGAGGAACUGGUUCGACUUGUAGUUAGUUAAUUGAAAUGGCAAAUUCAUCCCUGGACCGUAUAUCUGGUAACUAAAUGGGAAUUGUUCAUUUUUAUAUAACUCUUUGAGUGUAUCUAAAAUGCAACCAAGAAUCGAUAUUGGUUUCAGUUCUUCCGGCUUUUGGUGGUGGAUCCAGCGCUGCUUUAGGGGGUAAUUUAACGGUAAUCUAUGUAAUAUUUGUUCGUGCGCUGCGUAUGCGGCUAUUCGAGCAUCUGGGUGUAUGAGACUGUAAUAUGGCGUACUAUUACAAUCCUAU